GUGUCACUUGACGUUUCGGAUUUUACGCACGAAACCUCUCUGCUGGUUUCACCACAAGUAUUAUGCUCUUGCUUUACGUUCAUUUAGCCUAGGCUUAUUUUAUGAAAUUCGUUGAUAUUUUGUCAAAAUAUAAUCGUAUUGAAAUGUAUGUUACAUUCGAAAUGCGAUAGGCCUAUAUGUUAGUGACAGAUGAUACCAAAUGGUAUUUUCAGACAGAAGACGGCGAAGAACAUCCUACCAUCAUACUGCUUGAUAUCGACCUCGUUUUAUUCAUCAUAUUCUAUUCAAGUUGCUGUAUUCUGAUGUCGACAAUAUGAGAAAGGCAUUCAUAAAACACGUCAAAAGGUUUCCGUGGCUAACCAACGUAACCCUUUACGGUUGCCUGUUUGCCGGCGGGGAUUUCGUUCACCAGUUGUUCUCGCGCAAUGAAAAAAUGGACUGGAGGCACACACGCAAUGUGGCAGUGGUCGCUUUCAGUUUCCAUGGCAACUUUAACUUCUUCUGGAUGCGGUUUUUGGAGCGCAGAUUUCCCGGGAAUUCGGUCAGGAUGGUUGUGCGUAAACUUUUCUUGGACCAGACCACAGCCGCCCCUCUGGCCACUAGUGUAUUCUACACAGGGGUGAGUUUCUUGGAGGGCAAAGAGGACAUUUUCCAGGACUGGAGGGAGAAGUUCCUGAAUACAUAUAAGACUGGACUCAUGUUCUGGCCAUUCAUGCAGUUCCUGAACUUUUCCAUGGUGCCUCUGUACAUGCGGACCACCUUCACAGGGUGCUGUGCCUUCGUCUGGGCCACCUUCCUGUGUUUCUCACGUCAGAGUGGGGACGGCACGGCUGACGCCGCCCUCGCAUGGAUGUUUACUCCAAAACAGGAUACGACGACAGAGCCUGAAGCGGAGAAUCUCGGGCCCAAAGUGGACCAGACAGGGCCAAAAGUGGACCAGACAGGGCCCAAACUAGACACAGAAGGACCCAAACCGGAGAACCCAAGCCCCAAAGAGGAGACAACAAACACCCACUGUUAAGCAGGACGACCAAGCACGAACAAAGGAGGUGGAGGCUAGUUUGAACAAGGGCACACAAACUGACACAACACCCAGCCAGGAGAAGGGACCACAGACAAGCACGGACUCAAAAAUGAAUCUCUGGUAGAUUCUAGUUCUAUAGAACCUUCAGAUAAGAAUACUGUCUAUGUAUGAAUCUUAUAUCUCAAAAUGUUCUCAUCUUGAAACGUUCAAUUCCAAUGUGCUAUGCUACUGCACAAGAUAUAUAUAUAUAUAUGCCAUUUAGCGGACGCUUUUAUCCAAAGCAACUUACAGUCAUGUGUGCAUACAUUCUACGUAUGGGUGGUCCCGGGAAUUGAACCUACUACCCUGGCGUUACAAGCGCCAUGCUCUACCAACUGAGCUACAGAAGGACCACCAAGAUGUCAGCAGGGUGUAACGUAUUGCUAUACAAAGGGGCUUUGUAUUUAUUGAAUUUGUUAUUGAUAACAAUUGGGAUCCAUCAUUCUUAAACACACCAUACUUUAACAUAGAAGUGCUUGUACUACUGCACCUAUCUUCCCCUUUCUCCAUCUCUCUCUCUGUAUCUCUCUCUCUCUCUCUCUCUCUCUCUC